UGGAAUCAGUGAAAUGCUUGGAGGUGUGCGCCGCCGCGUGCCUCUGCUGCACUUUCGCUCCAUGUCCCGACGUCCUUCAUCCACGCAUGCCGUCGCACUCGGCGACGCAGACAGCAUCACGUUGAUUCCAAAGGCACCGCACACGGCAUCGUUGAUCUUCAUGCAUGGCCUGGGGGACACCGCUCAUGGGUGGGCAGAUUCGAUUCUCCACAUCGCUCAGCGACUUCCUCAUCUCAAGUGCGUUCUUCCCACGGCACCAACACAACCUGUCACACUCAACAUGGGCAUGGCGAUGCCGUCGUGGUAUGACAUUCGAUCGCUCACGGAUCGCGAGGGAGACCCAUGCUCAGGGAUCGAUGCAUCUCGCGAGCGUAUCGAAAACAUCAUCCAAGCCGAAAUCGAUGGUGGAAUCUCGCCUUCUCGAAUCGUGCUGGGUGGUUUCAGCCAGGGAGGAGCUAUGAGUUUGUACACUGGAUAUCAACUGGACAAAGCUUUGGGGGGUAUUCUCGUCCUCUCUGGAUACCUUCCCAACCAAGAGGGAUUCCAUGCAAACGCAGUGACCAAGAACGUGCCGCUUCUUAUGUGCCACGGAGAAGAUGACAUGGUGGUGCGCUUGGACUGGGCAAAACGGUCGUUGCAAGUGUUGAAGGCCGCGAACGCCGUCGAGACCGUUGACUUCAAGGUAUAUCCAGACAUGGAGCACAGCGCUAGUCUCGAGGAGCUGGACGCCAUCGAACGAUGGCUCAAGAAGCGCGUGCCGCACGUUCCAUCGUCCUAGAAGGCCGUGUUGCCACGGUUCCCUGUGGGAAAAUUCAAAACAGAGGGAAUUUCGCGCGCAAUGGUCUAGAAUAUUUUGAAUUGCAUUCAAGAACGCUGUCAUUGGA